AUGUCGCACAUAUUUAAUUUUGUUUCGUGGAAUUGUCGAGGAGCUUUUUCGUAUGCCCGGAAAGCUCGUUUUAUUCGAUCUUUAGUGUCUUCUCAUAAUCUUGCUAUUUUGGGUUUAGUGGAGACUAAAAAAGAAUUGUUUGAUGAUUUCAGUAUUCGUUUACUAUGGCCCAAUCUUGAUUUUAACUAUUGUUUUGUCCCUUCUAUUGGUGCUUCGGGUGGCUUAUUAUGUAUUUGGAAUCCGAUUUUGAUUUUUCCUACGAGGAUUUUCAAAGCUAAUAGAUGGAUUAACUUAGAUUUUACAUGGGGUGAUCUUAUUAUCAGAUAUAUUCCUGUUUAUGCGAGCAAUUGUCCUAGGGAAAGAGCUUCUCUUUGGUGUGAAAUUCUCGUGGAGCUGGCUACUUAUUUGAUUUGUAUUGUUGUGGGUGAUUUUAAUGAUAUCUUGGAUCCAUCAGAGAGGUUGAAUUGUACCAGUUUCUCUCCUUCCAUGCUUACUUUUUCUGCUUUUAUUUCUAAUUCGAAUCUAGUAGAGUCUACUCUUCAUGGCAGCUCUGAUUUGGCUAAAGAUUGGGGCCCUAAGCCUUUUAAAUAUAUCAAUGCUUGGUGGAGCAAUAAAGAUUUUAGUUCGUUUGUUGAUGUUACUUGGAGUUCUAUUACUCAGAGGAUGCCGAAUUCUAACUUAGUUAUUAAGUUAAGAGAACUUCGCUCAGCCAUAAGAUCUUGGAAUAGAGACGUUUUUGGUGACUUAAAUGUGAAACUUUCUUCUCUGUUGACUGAUAUCAUGGACCCCGAAGCUCAUUCUGAUUUUAACAGUCUUAAUUCUGAGGACGACAGCAAAUUAGCUGUCAUGAAGGCUGAGCUUGCACUACUAGAAAACAGCCAACUGGAAUCUCUUUGGCACCAAAUAUCUAGGCUGAAUUGGAAUUUACAUGGAGAUAGAAACACCAAGCUUUUUCAUGCUGUGGCCUCUAUUCAUUCGAAGAGCAAUUUUUUCGCAGAAAUUCACAUUGAUGGGAACUAUUAUUCCUCUUCGGCAGAUAUCAAGCAGAGAGUCCAUUCUUUUUAUAAAGAUUUAUUUCAUCAAGGUUCUAAUAUUAGCUUCUCGCAUGACGAACUACCAAUUAAAAUCCCUUUCAGACAUGCAGGCUGCGGCUAUCACGACCCGAUUUCCUCCUAG